AUGAGCAGCAUCCAAUUUCCCUCGUGGAAUGAGCAGCAAAGUAUCUUCAAGCUAUCUAGCGUCGACGCUGAAACAUGCAGCCAAUUCUCCAGCAUGGAAGCCCCUGGAUCGUCUCUACACAGGUCCGACUCGGACCUUGGCUCCAAGAAGAUGGCCAUUCCACGACUUGCGGAAGGUGCGGAGUCUGCAUUCACCUCGCCAGGCAGGUUCCAUCGUCGACAUGUCCGGCGGGCUUGUGAGUCGUGCAGGCAGAGAAAAACAAAAUGCACGGGCGAUAAAUCUGGAUGCCGCAAUUGCAGAGAAGCGGGCAUAAUCUGCUGUUAUACUGACGGUAAGAGAGAGAAGUCGAAGAGACAACUUGCUAGCCUCUCAUCGAAAGUACAGGCAUAUGAGGAUGUCAUCAAGAAGCUCAGCAGUCGAUUCGGUAUUUCGGAUGAACAGCUUGUGAAUAUAGCUCUGACUGCUAAUUUGGCCCCUGGCCUGACACUAGACGGAGACGCUGGGUCUACUUCUGGAGAGCAAAGAACCACCUGCGAAACGGGGUCUGACUUCCCUUCUCCAUCCUCGUCCGUCGUGCGUUUGGACCUGAUCGAGCAUACAGAUGAGGAUUUCAACAGGGAUGAGACGUCUCGGGCAACCGGGUUCAUCGGAAAAGCUUCUGAGAUCAAUUGGCUACAAAAACUCAGCAAAGAGGUCAAUAGCGAAUGUGAGGCCUGGUCUGCCGGUAUGUCAAACUCGGGGGACGACAAUGGACUUCCUUCGCCCACUUUGACUCCUCGACCGGAGAAUCCCAGUGAUGCUCUCAUGGCGUCCACCAACUACUACCUGGAUGAUCUGGAGAUUUCAAGCGCCAAUAAAGUUGACGCAUACGAGGUCCCCUCUAAGGAGGUUGCGACAAAACUACUAAAUGCAUACCUGGCUUCUGUACAUCCUUCUUUCCCAAUUAUUGGGAUCUCAACAUUUGUCUCUCAGUUUCAAGUCUUCUUCAGCCAGCCUUCCUUGAAGCCGGGAAAUCGAUGGCUGGCUAUUCUGAAUCUUAUAUUCGCUAUUGCGGCAAAAUAUGCACAGUUGACGGAUGCAGACUGGAAAGAAGAUGACGAUGGCCACUGUCUCUACUUUUCGAGGGCCAAAUCUCUCAGCCUAGAGGAUCAGUUGCUACAUCAUCCUGACUUGCAGCAAUUGCAGGUCGAAGGACUAGCAUGUUUCUAUAUGGUUUCAUCUGGACAUAUCAACCGAGCAUGGAAGUUAUCAGGCAGUGCCGUCCGCGGAGCACUCGCCCUUGGCCUACAUCUUCGCAAUGUGGGGUCCUGCACUUCCGAUACUUCAAAAGAAAUACGAUAUCGAGUGUGGUGGUCUUUGUACUCGGUUGAGCAUCUGCUAUCUGUCAUAACAGGCCGUCCCUCCUGCAUUAUUGAUAACUCUUGCACAACUCCUCUGCCCGUUCCAUUCGAUGAGAGCGACUUCCAGAAAGAAGAAGUGGCCCAUCUGAUCAGCACGCCGGGUCGGGUCAUGCUCAGUCCACUCGAAGGAGUUCCGUUGCACAAUAGCGCUGCAAGCCUGGAGACGAGAGCAGACUCGGGCACGAACGACAAUGACAGUGCGGAAAGCGACACGAAGAUCAGCAAAGUGGAAUACCUGAAGAGUCUACCACCAUGCAUGUCGCUCUACUUCCUACAAAUGACUUCGCUCACCACCAUCGCGAAGAGAAUGACGGUCAAGCUUUACAGUCCAGAGGCCCUCCAGUCACCCUGGGCCAGCACUCAGUUCACAAUACAGAGCCUCAUGCUUGAGAUCGACUCUUGGUUCAUGAAUCUCCCUUCGCCCUACGACUUCACCUCCACUCAGACUUCACAAUGCCCUCUUGGACAGCGAAUGGGAUUGGCUUUCCUGUUCUAUAGUACCAAGAUCGGAAUCGCUCGCCCCUGUCUAUGUCGCCUGGAUGCAUUGCCCGCCGAGGAAGACAAUACCCAUGAAUUCUGCAGCAAGACAGCCGCCGAAUGUGUCGAGUCGGCAUGCCACAUGCUCACCCUAUUCCCAGAUACACCAGACGCAGCACUGCUUCACCGAAUCUCUCCAUGGUGGGCUACGCUCCAUUACCUCAUGCAAGCUGCAACAGUGCUGCUGCUAGAACUGGCUUAUCGAGCCCAGCACGUCCCUGAAAAGGCGAUCAUGGUAUCAAAAGCAGCCAAAAAGUCCCUCGAUUGGCUCUCAACACUUUCAAAAACAAACAUGGCCUCCGAGCGGGCCUGGAAGCUCUGCAGCGGGUAUCUACGCCGUCUUGCGCCUCACGUUGGCAUUGACGUCGACGACUUCUCUAGCAAUGAUAACGACGAAUCUUCGACUGCCUCUCUCUUCGAUAGCCCGGACAUCACGGACACAGAUACAAGCGAUCCGCUCGACGACAUUACUUUUGAUCCAACCGCAACUCUGCCUUUGGCUUCGGGCGUGGAUUCCAUUUCUGCGGAGAUGGACUCCAUCGCUUGCUCGCCUAUGGAUCAAUCGGGAACACCCCAGGCAAUGCCACAUUUGUGCAAUAUGGAGCCAGAUAUUCUGGAUCAAUUCAUCAAGCCCGAAAGGUCUUUGUCUGGGCGAAGCUCCUUCGAUGACCUGUUUCCAUAUGACCCCGCUACUGGUCAGAUCACUGGCUCGUUCUUCCCCACGGGGUCUAACAUGGAUUUCGAUCUGAAUUACCCGUGGGGAGAUCCUAUUUGCUGA